AUGCUCGACCUCGAGCGGCGAUUCCGCGGCGCCCCGUUCGCGCGCGCGCUCGCGUGCGGGGUCGUCGUCGCGACGGUGUACGCGCGAACGCGCGCGCGGGGCGCGACCGCCGCGUCGUGGAUCUUCGCCGACCGUGACCUCGCGUCGAAGAGCUCGGCGUCUCGCGUCUCGUGGGUUCUCACGCGCGCUUUGUGCGGUGAGUUGGCGUUCGCGCAGGACGCGUUCGAGCUCGUCGUCGGGAUGUCCGCGCUGAGCGGGACGGCGGUGGAGCUCGAGCGGCUGGCGUCGACGAGAAGAUUAUUGGGAAUCGUUCUCGCGGCGUCGAUCGCGUCGAGGGUGUGCGCGCGGGCGAUCGAAAAUGUGUUCGCGGUCGACGCAUCCGCGCGCGUGUCGGGGCCGUACGCGCUGGUGUUCGCGUUGGUGUGGAUUUGGAGCGUGGAAAAGCCCGCGACGUCGAGCUUCGCCUUCGGCGCGUUCGGCCCGCGGUUCACGAUUUAUUUCAACGAUAAAUCAAAAAUGGUGCUCAUGUCAAUGCUUUUGGCGCUCAAGGGAGGGGUUUACGGCGCGUGCGCGGCGAUAUGCGGCGCGUUCGGAGGGUACACGGUGACUCACGGUAUCGGGACGUCUAACGACGCGUUGCUCGUCUUCCCGGAUUGGGUGGUCACCGUGUUGCGUGGCGGAGCGAGGAAGCAACCAAUCUACAGAAUGCGAGCGAUGAGGGCAGCGGCGGGCGGUGGCGUUCCGUCGCGCGCGCCGAGCGAGGAGAACAUUAGACUUUUAGUCAGCAUGGGCUUCGACGCCGCCGUCGCGGCGAGAGCGCUCCGUCAGGCCAACGACGACGUGCCGCGCGCGACGACGAUACUUCUCGGCGGAUGA